GCCAAAGUUGACUUUGCCUGACAAGAUCAUCUCGAGAAAAAAAUAUGUCACGCCCCAAAACAUCAUAAUUCGUCAAAAAAAAAUUAAAUGAUUUUCUCCCAGACCUCGAAAAACUCCGUUCUUUAUGAAAUUCUCCGUUUUGCAUCGUCUUUCUAGAAAAAUUGAACUGAGAAGAUUCUGCAAUGAUGCCCACGACGCUUUCAAGAAAAGAAAGGACGCUUUCGAAAAUCAGUACAUUCGGAAACAAACGGCAGAACAACUGGAAGAACUGAAAGCGAAAAUACAAGAAAAACGUAAGGAAAAACUGAAAGAUGAGCUGAAGAAAGUUAGAGAAAAUUUGGACGAUAACGAAAAAUCUAAGUGAAAUAAGUGAGACAAUAAUAUAUUAGUAGAUAAUGAAAUUUGCAGAAGGUACUUACGUAGAAAAAUAUGAAUAAAUUUCUAUUUAUGUGAUAACAUGUUUAUGAACAAAAUUAUUAUCAUUGCGACUUUCCAUAGUUCCACAGACGGUGGGUAAUCAAAAUGUGAAUAUUAAUAAACAUACAGUGUGUCCCACUU